UAUUUGGAAGAACCAGAUCGAACGCAAUGGAGUCAACAAACACAACACCUCCGUCCGAUCCAUCUUUAGAUUCUUCAAGCAGUAUUAUGAAAAUAGACUCUUUGCCAAAUCUAAGAAUUUUAUGCAAGCGACCUACCAGCUCUACCACCAACCCGCUAGUAAUAAACACAGCUGCUGUUUACAGAUCGUCCAAACCGGAUAAAAUUAUAUCUGCCCAUUUGGACGAAUUUCGAAAACUAGGCAUCAAAUGCAUUAUUGAUUUUAGAUCUAAAGAUGAGUAUUUUAGUUCAGAAGGACACCGUCUUUUAGACAAAGAAUAUUCUCUUUUUAAAGUUUGCCUUCCCAAGGAAAAUUACAAACCCGGUCAAUCUAUCCAGGCGAAAGAAAUACCGAUUCCAGAUGAUUUAAUUGUGAAAUCAGAACCAUCAACUAAAGAUGUAAAAGAUAGUAUUUCUGAAACCACUCCAGAAGGAACCAAAAACUUGAAACAGCAUUACUUGAUUGACUUUUUUUCAAUGAAAUACAUAUUAUCAGUUUUUAAUAGAUUGCCAUGGCACCUUUGGUGUGUUGGAAUUCUUUAUUAUCUUUAUGAUUUUAUAACCCGAAACAAGUUUAAGAAUUUCACAAAAUUCUUUGUCUCAAAUGCUGUCAACAGAUUUGGUAUUUACGGCCAGUACAAAGAUAUUGUAAAUUUCAGCCAGCCAGCAAUAUGUUCAGCACUUAAACUUAUUGCGGAUCCUGAAAACCAUCCGGUUUUGAUUAACUGUGCCUAUGGAAAAGAUAGAACAGGAAUUGUGUCGGCUCUAAUUUUGACUUGUUUGGGCUUAUCCAAGGAAGAAGUUGCUGAAGAAUAUGCUUUAUCAUCUGAUGGACUAGAACCAAUCAAGCAUCUUCUAUAUAAAGAUUUAGUUGAGAAAUACAACUUCAAAGAGGAGUUCUGCAGAGCUGAAACUGAGACAAUGAUAGCACUUCUCACUUAUAUUGAGAGAGAGUACUCAUCCAUUGAGAAUUAUAUGUUACAUAUUGGUUUUGGUCUUGAGGAGCAAAAAGUAUUAAAGGAGCAGUUAGAGCCUAAGUAUACACGUUCAUCAAUGCAAGACAAGUCACAAGAAACAAUGAGUAAUAUCAAUCAAUCUAGCAAUUUUUUGGAGGGAACUGUUAAGCAAAGAUCUGUAAAAUCUACACAUUAAUGUAUGCUGUUAUUUUCUAAUCUGUCAAGAAAAGUACUACUAUUGUUAAGAAAGAAAGAUAUUUGUAAAAAUAUAUUUGAUGUUGUUACAAGUUGUAGGUCAAUACCCACUAGUCAUUGUAAAGAUUUUUUUUUAUUGCAUCAGUAUAAGCUUAUGGUUCUGGGUUUUCUUUUAGCCUGAAGUUAAACAUUGGUACAAUUGGCCAUCAUUGAUCUAUACUUUGCUUGCUAUUGUGCACCUCUUCAGUCAACUCACUGUUUUAAAAUUUUUUUUCUUUGACCAGACUACCAUAACUUUUGUAACUCACACUCACAUAUGCCUACGGGUUACAAAAAUAUAUGUUCUUGUUGUCUUAUUCUACACAGAUAAGAUUAUUUUUGAGUUUUACAAAUAUCACAGUCAUUUUUUUUUAUUUUAUCAAUUUUUUGUAGAAUUCAUAUUAUGUAGUAUUUUACAUAUAUCCUUUUAAAGAAUGCUCUUGAAUUUUCAAUAUACUGGUAAGUGAUAUUCUAUUCAAAAUGCAAUCAAAACUAAAAUUAUGUUUACAAAACCUUUUUCUCUUCAUGUAUAUUCUGAUUAAAUUAUUUAUUUAAAUUGAUGAUAAACCUACUUUAUGAAAUUUACUACAAUCUACUUCUACACUGAAAAAAAAAAGAAGUAAAAUGUUGGUCACAAUAAAAUAAGUUUUUUUUUUUCAAAGUAUUUUAGAGAAGUAGAUGAAAAACUAAGAAAAGCUAUUUUUUUUCUAGAAAUAAUAGCUAUGAUAGUUGUGUUACUUUAAUUUCUUGUAUAAUAUGAUGAAUUUUCUAGUUAUAUUAAAAAACUGAAUUGACACUUUAAAAAUAUGAGGUUUUUUAUCAAAUUUUGUUUGAAUAUUGUUUAAUCAUGAAAGAUCUCACUUGUUAAAAAUAAUUUUAUAAUUAGUUGAACACACAAAUUAUAAAAACAUAACCCUAAAUUUAACCCAUUACGUAACCUCUCUCUAAGCUUAACACAAUGGCCAGCUUUAUAUUUAUAGACAAGAACUAUCUUUUGUUUCAGUGUGAUUCUAAAUUUUAUUAAAUUUUAUUAUACCUUAAACCCUAACCCAAACAUUGCAAGAUAAGUGUAAAUAAUAAAAAAUAGUUCACAAUUACAUUAAAUAUUUGUUAUUUACAUUUUUUUAAAGUGUCAAAAUAUGAGCACUUAUACCCAUAUCAAUGUUGUAAAAGGAUUGUAUGUUAAUGUUUCUGGUGGGAGUUAGCCAGAUAAAAUUUGGUUGUAAGUUUUAGUUUAAUUUAAAGGAAUUUUUUUUGUAACCACCUUUCUUUUUAAUACACAAUUGUAAUAUUUUUAUAUUAAAAACCAGUUUAACAUAGUUUGGAACUGUUUUGUUAAUGUAACAUUAACAAUUUUAAAAUUAAUAAAAUGUUACAAUCAACCUGAUGUAGUUU